AUGCUGUCUGAGAGUUUCAUUGCGUCGACCUUGACGUCUGUCAAGACCCCGACAGCUGCGACCUUGAGAGACGUGGGAAUCUGCGUCCAGGAAUGGCAACCCACGGUCAAUUUGCGCUCCACAUUCAAGAAGAGCUCAACAGCAGCCAAUUGUCUGGCCGUGAGUCAGUCGCAUGUGUUUGCAGCCCAGUCUGAGAAGGCUAUCGUCCAUGUGUACAGUCGAGAGAAAGGAAAUCAAGAAGCUAUUGUUCCUUUUCCAGAGCGCAUUCGCAGCAUCGCGAUUGCAGGUGUUUUGGGAACUGAAGGUGGAAGGUUGAUCCUGUGGGAGACUUGCACUGGACGACAAGUAGCUACGACAGCGUCGCAUUUGCAACCAGUAACGUCGCUGGUGAUCGAUCCCACGUCUAAUUUCAUUCUAUCCGGAUCGUCAGAUGCUAGCAUACAUGUCUGGUCGCUGGUUGACAUUCUAUCCUUCACAAAGCCUCCGUCAGGUCGUGAUCGACAGCAACCCAACUCGCCCAUCCAUACGUUCUCGAACCAUCGCGCAGCUAUUACCUCCAUCGCUGUGGGUCACAGCAGCGGGCAAUACAACGUCGCCGUCUCUACCUCGAAAGACAACACUGCCAUUGCUUGGGAUUAUCGUACAGGGCGGCUUUUGCGGACUUUUCUCUUACCUUCGUCAGCAUCAUGUUUGGCUCUCGAUCCAGUUGACCGUGCUUUCUACGUCGGAUAUGAAGAUGGGAGCGUACAGUCAGUAGAUUUCUACAAAAAUCAGUCCAUCCAGCAUCCUCUACACGAUCCCUCGUUGCAAUCCACUCCCGCACAGCCAUCGGCAGAAGACCGCUGGCUGCCGCCCUCCCCAGAUGUUGGCGCCGUCCAUUCACUUUCUCUCUCUUACGAUGGGAUGACUCUACUCUCUGGACAUCAGAAUGGAAAGGUCCUGUCGUGGAACGUAGGCCGAAGGAAAUAUGCUUCGACACUAGCGGACUAUACACAUCCGGUGACAAAUCUAAUCAUGCUUCCUCUGGGAGGAUUGGCAUCUCCUGCGCUCGAACUGAAGAGGGUGGCGCACACGAUAGUUAAACCGCGAUACGACCAUGCACUUUCGGAAUCAUCGAAUGCGGCUGGCACCGUCCCCUCCGAGUAUACGUUCAGCACACAUCUGCUCGCCUCAAACACACCCAAGCCCACUGCGAAGAGUCAUUCGUCCAACCAAUUCUCUGAAGCUCUCACGCACACCUUCUUUCCCGAGUCGCUGAUGGAAGAAGGUCUCGCAGAGUUGGCCUCCUUCAAAUCCGCUGGAACGAACGGCGUUCUGGUCUCAUCUGCUCCCCAAUCCGUCGUUGACCGGGUCACUACCGUCGAUAACUCGCAGGUCACAUCGUUGGAAGAGGAAAUCGCGACGUUAAAGAAGAAACUGGCAACAAACGAGACAGCACGCCAAGUCAGCACGGAUGAGGUGACUAAGCUGCGCUCUGACCUGGUGAAUAUGCGCGACUAUAUCAAUGAGCUUCAUCAGAAACAAGAACAAACCCAGCGGGAAAAGGUGCUCCGCCAAGCUCGGAAGGAGGAACGGGAGGCUCGCAGGCGGGAAGCCUGGCUUGCUGCCGAGAAGAAGGGGAAGAAGGGGGACGCCGUACUUCGACGGAUGGAGGCCGAAGAGAGCGCUCAGACCAGUGAUUCAGAUGAUCAGAGCAGUGACGAGCAAUAG